AUGAUACGCGAGUCAGUCCCCCACCCUUGCAGGUCCCUAGUCCCCCAGCCUCGCAGGUCCCUGGUCCCUAGUCCCACAGCCUCGCAGUCCCCCAGCCUCGCAGGUCCCUGGUCCCUAGUCCCCCAGCCUCGCAGGUCCCUAGUCCCCCAGCCUCGCAGGUCCCUAGUCCCCCAGCCUCGCAGGUCCCUAGUCCCCCAGCCUCGCAGGUCCCUAGUCCCCCAGCCUCGCAGGUCCCUAGUCCCCCAGCCUCGCAGGUCCCUAGUCCCCCAGCCUCGCAGGUCCCUAGUCCCCCAGCCUCGCAGGUCCCUAGUCCCCCAGCCUCGCAGGUCCCUGGUCCCCCAGCCUCGCAGGUCCCUGGUCCCCCAGCCUCGCAGGUCCCUGGUCCCCCAGCCUCGCAGGUCCCUGGUCCCCCAGCCUCGCAGGUCCCUGGUCCCCCAGCCUCGCAGGUCCCUGGUCCCCCAGCCUCGCAGGUCCCUGGUCCCUAGUCCCCCAGCCUCGCAGCCUCGCAGGCCCUGGUCCCUAGUCCCCCAGCCUCGCAGGUCCCUGGUCCCCCAGCCUCGCAGGUCCCUGGUCCCUAGUCCCCCAGCCUCCCUGGUCCCUAGUCCCCCAGCCUCCUCCCAGGGGUAG